AUGGUACCACCAUGUUUGAGCUAUUAUUUUCUUCACAUGCAAAAUGUUCGGUUUUCUGUGAUUGGGAAUAAAUCGCCACUCCCUAGGUCUAUAGAGCAAAUAUUAUCUGAAGCAGAGGUGGCCUUGAAGGCAAAUUCAGGACUCCGUCUUAUGGUAGCGCUUGGUUACGGUGGAAGAUAUGAGAUAUUGAAAGCUUGCAAAAGCGUGUCUAGCAAAGUAAAAGAUGGUCUUAUUCAACUGCAAGAUAUUGAGGAGAGCCUAACUGAGCAAGAGCUGCAAAGAAAGUGGACCAAAUUCCCCAGUCCUGAUCUAUUUAUACGGACAAGUGGCGAAUGUAGAGUCAGCAACUUCAUGCUAUGCCAGUUGGCUUAUAGUGAACUUUAUUUUUCUAAAAUAUUUUUUACGGAUUACAGAGAAGCAGACUUUAUAGAGACUUUAAGCUCAUUUUAA